AUGGAUCAAAAUAUUCGAGAAGAAGAUGUAAGUUCUUGGUUUAAAGGGACUGAAAAAACAGAGCAAGUUAUGACAGAUAAAGAAAUAUGUGAAGCAAUACAAGAAAAAGAAAGCCUAGUAGAAAUAUUGGAGCCACCACCUACUAUAACUGUAAAAGUAAAACCAGAUAAAGCAUAUAAUUAUUUCAAUACUUGCAUAACCUGUAUAUCUCCUAAAGAUAUCAUUCUUUGA